CCUCCUCCUCCUCCUCCUCCUCCUCCUCCUCCUCCUCCUCCUCCCUCCUCCUCUCUACCAAAGCCAACACCCACCACUGACGCCGCCUACAUCGCCUCCCGCGCAAACCCGCCCGCGCCGAUCCCCCGCGAAAACAGACUCCGAAUGACGCCCGACCGCGACGAAAUCGUCGAGGAAGGCGUAGACGCGGUAACUGACCGGGUUGUUCCCAAAUGGCCGCUGUCGCGCGAGUCGUAUCCGACGCUGCAGCUGCAUCUGAUUCGCACGCCGCGGGUGUCGAAGAAGUUGUCGUUCAGGGAGCUAAUGACGCUGCUGGAGCGGUCGCCGGAGCCGGAGGUGCUGCUGUAUCAGGCGGAGCCUCAUCGGUUGUAUUUCGUCGCGCUGUAUUCGCUUGCUUUUGUCUUUGCGGUUUAUGGGUUGAUUUUUGUGGAGUGGGCUAUGGAGGAGAGCAUUAGCAUCUUCAUCAACAACUACGACGACCUCCCCCCCGUCCACAACGCGGUCUGGCUCGGCCUCCGCUCGCUCGUCAGUCUCGCAAUCUUCGCCCUCCCCGCCGUCACCGCCGUCAUCUUCUUCAUGUUCCCGACCCGCCUGGUCCGCAGAAUGUACUACUACCCCGCGACCAAAGACCUCGAAGCCCACGUCCGGUUCGUCGUGCACCCGCUCCUUCCCCGCCGGCCGUCGCCGGUCAUCACGCUCCCGCUAUCGGAAAUCGACCGCGGUCGUAACGCAGGAAGGACGAAGGUCUGGACUGGAGAUGGUCUCUACGGCACCGCGAGUCGGUCGCAGUUUAUGGUCUUCUUGUUUGAGAAGGGAAAACGGAUUCCCUGGAUCGUCGACCGCCAGGGCUGGUUCUGGGGCGACGGUCGCGUGUGGGACGUGCUGUUUGGUAAGGAGAGUGUCGAGGAAGCAGAGAAGGGGCUCAGCGGCGACGAUAUUAUUCUGAUGGAGCGACGACGACGCAGGUUUGAGAAGGAGCAGCGCAAGAAGUUGAUUGCGGAGGGGAAGCCGUUGCCGGAGGAGUUGCUGGAGGGGGAUAAGAAGGAGGAGGAGUUCACGACGCCGAAGACCAUUAGGUUGCUGAAGGGCUACAAGAAGGUCAUUGUCGAUGCUUCUGGGGGUAAAAGUAAGAGUAAGAAGUAGGAUGUAAAUAGUGUAUAUAGUCUCAAUAAAGUCAUAAAAGUA